AUGAGUUCUCAUGAGCUCAGCACUGUUGCGUAUGAGAAAGCAAUGAAUACACAGCUCAUGACUGAGCAUGAAGUGGUACGAAGCCAAGCCAUUGCUGCAGAAGUGGUCCCAAAUGAAUCUUCCAGUAAGCCAGAUAGUGUGGCGAGUAAAGCUCACGGCUAUGUAGAUACAACUCAAGUCUUUGUUCCCCAACAAGUUGUUACCCCAAAUGCAUCAGAGCUGUCAAAAAGUCAGCAUAGUGAAUUAAUCUCAAGGGCUGAGACACAGCCAGAACAUACCUCACUGCAACAAGGUAUUGACUGCCAGGCGCAGAAGCCCAACUCCCCAAUACCAUCUUGGAGUCAGGUUCUUAAAUCUGGUUUGGAUGGAGAAGCUUCAAAGACCUUCAACGGAACCCAAAUUGCAGAAAAUGUUGAGGGGAAAUAUGAGAAGGUGGAAAUACAAGUUGAAUAUCAGUGGAAGCCCAAAGUGUGCCAAAGUUGCCAUAUAGUCGGCGAUAAUGAGUCCACGUGUCCUAAGAUGGUGACAAAAACCAUUUGGAAACCCAAACAUUCCCAAAAGGAAUCUCAUCCUCUUGUUGCUGGCAAUGGCAAGGAAAUCAUAUCCAAUGAGAUGGAACCAACAACGAAGAUGGUCAUGUCAAAAGAGAAACCCCCAUUAGAUCCUGGAUGUAGCAGCAACAGUGAAAUUGGUGCUGCUAUACUCAGACAGCCCAUUCAUAGACUACAGGAUGAAACUCAGGUGACAUCCAUCUCACCUGUGGAAGUGCAGGUCCCAGUUCAGCUGUCUAUACCUACUACAUCUUCAAACAGAUUUGAGAGGUUGGAAAUUGAGGGAGGUAAUUUGGUGGUGGAUUUAGACUAUGCUGCAACUAGUUGUGAUCAUAACCAUGGGGAGGCAAAAUGCAAGAAGAAGAAGAUCACAUAUUUGGAAACUGAUUUAGAAGGAAAGGAUACAAGAUCUUUGGCAUCCAAAAUUGGGGUCAAGAAUAAGGAAAUGACAAAUCAGAGGCUGGGGAGGAUAUCUCAAGAUACGCAAGAGAAAGAUCUUGGGCAGCAUGCUAAAGCAAAUCAGAAAGUGGUUCAGAGGAAUUCGGAAUCCUCAAAACAGCAUGUUCCAGCCAAUUAG